CGGCGGGGGCGGGCGGCCGGCGGCAGCGGCGGCCGCUCCGCGGGAUGUGGCGGCGGCUGGCCGGGCUGCUGCUCACCUUCGCGGCCGCCACGGCCGCCCUGUGGCUGCUGUCGGCGCGGCUGAGCGCGGGGCAGGCGCGCAGGCCGCUGCGGUUCCCGUCGGACCUGGAGGAGCUGCGGGAGCUGGCCGAGGCGCUGCGGGACUACGAGCGGCAGCACCGGGGCGCGGCGCUGGCCCUGUUCUGCGCCGCCUACCUCUACAAGCAGAGCUUCGCCAUCCCCGGCUCCAGCCUCCUGAACGUGCUGGCCGGAGCGCUCUUCGGGCCGUGGACCGGGCUGGCGCUGUGCUCGGCCCUGACGUCGGUGGGAGCGACCUUCUGCUACCUGCUGUCGGGCGCGUUCGGAAAGCAGCUCGUCGUCCGCUACUUCCCGGGCAAGGUGGCGCUGCUGCAGGGGAAGGUAGAAGAGAACAGGAGCUGCUUAUUUUUCUUCUUGUUGUUCCUGAGGCUGUUCCCCAUGACACCAAACUGGUUUCUGAAUCUCUCAGCUCCCAUUUUAAACAUUCCUGUGUCCCAGUUCUUCUUCUCUGUUCUCAUCGGUCUUACACCAUAUAAUUUCAUCUGUGUGCAGACAGGAGCCAUUCUGUCACAAAUCACCUCUUUAGAUGCCAUUUUCUCCUGGGACACGCUGCUCAAACUGCUUGCAAUGGCUGUGGCAGCAUUGAUACCUGGGACCCUCAUCAAGAAAUACAGCAAGAAGCACUUGAAGCUGGAUGAAGACAAGCAUGCAGAGUUACUCAAUGGCAAAAAGAGCUUGUGAUGGCUCAGGUGCCCCAGAUGUUGGGGGAUUGCCUCACAAAAGCUGCAGGUCUCUGUUCCUGUGGGUUAUGUUCUGCAUGCUCUGUGCCACUGUGGACCAAGGACAAUUGCAGUUUUUAAUUGUUCUUCUCAUCUAAGAGGAGGUGUAAGGUUCUUAUUUUUAAUGAAUGUUUAACUGUGCAUGUUCUGCACGGAGAGCACUAUACACGGGUUUUGUGAA